AUGAACACGUUGAUGCAGAUAGGACCGAUGGUGAUGGUGGAAGGCAACGGCAACCAUCAGAUGGCCAUGCAUCACCACUUCCCCCACGCCUCCCAGCAGAUGCAGCAACAGCAGCCCCAGCAGCCGCCAAUGCCCAACAGCAUGAACCGAUCCCAGAGGUCAGUUCCUGGACAAAACGGCAGAGGCCAGGCCACCGGCCGCAACCGGUGGGUUUUUCCGUAUGGUUGGGCGGUUGGAUCUUCUCUGCUUACUCAGUACCUCGUUCAAACAAGAACGAAUUUCAUUCUUCUGCUUAAUUCGCUUUAAACAAGGUGCGCAACAUAUCAUAUAAAGAAAAAUUAAUCAAUGAACUUUUAUUUUUUCAUCAAUAAAGGCACGUUCUCGUAGUGGAGGAGAGAUUUUAUGCUGAACUCCAAUUUUUAACACUUAUCAUGCGAAAAUCAGAAAACAAAAAAUCAGUCUCGUGAAGAUAGUCGAAUUGAUCUUGUUUGUUUCGAGAUAUUGUUUGAGUAAUGGAUUUUAAACUUCUGACCUUUAGUCCAUAUUAGUAAAAUUUAGUGGUGAGUCAGUGGAGAAGGAGGUGGUAGCUCCUCGAAAGCUGUAAAUAAAUUAAAUAACUUUUGGUCGUUUAUUAUGAAUUCUACUCUGAUGUGGUUGAGCUAGAAUUCAUCAUUUUGAAAAGUUUUAGAAUGAUCGGUUACUGUGGUUACUGAAGAUUCUAGAAAAAAACAUUAGAAACUCUUUUUUUUAAAUAUUUUUUUCCAAAUUUGGCUUAAGAGAUAUAAAAAGAUGAAUCUAUUUUUCAAACGAACUUUUUUUAAUAACGCCACUUUUACCAAUACUUCUACCGUUCUUUUUCUCAAAAAUGUCAUUGCAGAUGCGGAGUCUGCCGCGGUUGUCAAUGCAAGCCGUGUGGUCAGUGCACCUACUGUCAGGACUCGCCGCAGUUCGGCGGCCCUGGCGUCAAAAAACAGAGUUGCAUCGAAAGGAGAUGUCUACGGGUGCUCGAAAACCGUCUUCAGGUAUCUUUCGUCGAAAAAAUUUGGUCAUUCAAGAAAACUUUUUCAGCGAGAUGCCCCCACUUUUAAAGCCCGCGUCGGAUGCAAUCAGUGCGAAGAUUGCCGUAUGGCCGAUUGUCAGAUUUGCCUAGUUUGUCUGGAUAAAAGGUGAGAAUUAUUUUUGAAGUUCAGUUGAAAAUAUUUGUGGACCCUGUAAAGUUAAAAAAAAACCGUUUUGUAAAAACAACAGGUCAUCUAGAGAAAUCGGGAAUUCAGAGGAUCUGUAACUUGGAACCAAUUUGUUUCACAUAGAUAUUUUCCUCCCAUCGGAAUGUAUCCUAAACCAAUAUCAGUGGGCUGAUCAAAUCGAACUUUCUUUUCAGACCUGACGGGUCAAAGGUCUUGAUAAAUUUAUAAUUUUUCUAUGCUUUAUAAUACUUUUUUUUCAAUAUUAUAUCUCCUUUGUGUAAACCUUAAUUUAAAUUUGAAGGAAUUAAAAUUUUUGAGAUGAAAUUCGACUUUAAUUUGUGAGCAUUAUUUCAAACUAGUAAUUCUAACGAUUUGCAGGUUUUUCGAGAACCGCUACAUGCGCGGCGCGAUGUGUGCCAAGAAACGGUGCAACAACGCGACGAGCAUCGAGCUGCCGGCCCACACGACGCCUCCUGCACACGACUUCCAGCGUCAAGUGCGUUCUGAUCCAAUCUGCGGCCUAACAAACGACCUUUUUCAGGCCCCCAAACGAAGUUACGAGCAAAUGGCGCCGCAGCCUCCAAUGCACUUCGAAAUGAAGCGACGGCUCGACAUGCAGUACAUGGGCAUGCCGCAGCCGCCUCCGCCGACCCAGCAGCAACAAGUUCCACCACAGUCGCAGCCGACGCCGCAGCAACAGCAGAGACUUCCACCGUCCGCUCCUCAACAGAUGACGCCCCAACAAUCGCAGCAGCAGCCUCCUCAAGCCCAACAAGUGCCGCCGCCGCAGAUGCACCUCCAGGAGAUGGGAAACGCUCGGAUGAUGCUCAACGCUAACUAUCCAGGUACGAGUGAAAAUUAGACAGACUUCAUCUAUGUUUUUGAAUCACCAACUCAUCUUAAGAGCUUAAACGUCUAAAUUUGUUUAUAUUUAUCAAGUUUCUUCAGUUAUCAGGUUAACUUCAAGCUUUCUUCGUAAGUCUUAAAGCUCAUUGGAAAUUUCAACUUGCAUUUUAUGUCAUUUUAGAAAUUCAUUUCUUUCCGAAUAGAGCUCAUUAUCCCCUCGAAAAAUUGUUGAGAAAACGAAGCUUUAGUGCCAAACGAGAUGAACAACCGAAUGGUCUCGCUGAUGGGAGCGCAGAUGCCGUCGACGGCGAUGCCGCAGCCGUGCCAACCGCCGAACCUCGAAAUUCCGACCUACCUGUUGCCAGGAUUCGCGCCAAGCGGUCCCGACUUCUACUCCACCAAGGCCUAUAACCUCGAAGAGUUUGAACACAACGGCGAUCCCUUCAUUCCUCCGUCCUACGCUCCGGAAAUGAAGAACGCCGUCGUCCUGCAACAGCUGUAG